CUCUUAUUGUAUAUAAAUCCACACAUGCGUCCCUCUGCGUAGGAUAAUCGUAGAUAACGAAAACACACACAGCAGCACAAUGACCUCUCUCCUCAAAAGUUCACGCGACACAAUCACGGUGGUGGGCGCAUCCGGCUACACCGGGCUCUCGUUCGUAUCGCUCCUACGCGCAGCUCCCACCCUCCCCACCAAGGUCGAGAAAAUAGUCGCGAUAACAGAACGGCCGCUGUCCUUACCCUCGACCGAUCCGGCGGCAAAGACGGUCAUCAACCGGGUGACUGCAGACGGGGCAUACGCGAUCCCGGACGAGACCCAGAUUAUCUUUAUCGGCCUUGAUAUCGACGGCCGGCGGGGCAGGGACCUCGAGGAGCAGUACAGGAGACAGAAGGAGAAGAACCUGCAGAUCGCCCGGGUGGCACGGAAGCAGGAUAUUCCUACGAUCGUCGUCGUCUCGAGCCACGGCGCGUCGCGCGACUCGCGUUUCGCGUGCGCACGUCUACAAGCAGAGUUUGAGCUGGAGAUAGUAAAGCUCAUGUUUGAGCGGACGAUCAUCCUGAGACCAGGCCAUAUGACAAAUCAGUCUCUCAAGACAAUCGUCGGGUCUAACAAACGGAUACCGUUUCUGGGAUGGUGGAUAAUCGACGGAAUGACAUGCCGGAAGGUGGAGCUGGCGAAGGCGACGAUGAUGAUUCUGACCAAGACCGCGGGCGAGAGGGGUGUUAUCGUGCUGCGGAACUCUGAGCUACGGGAUCUGGCACGGGAAUACGACAACCGCGAGUGCGAAUGUAGCAUAUGUCGGCAGUUUCAAUACACUCGGCCGUAAGGCUUUUUCUCAGUAGUUGUAUGUUCUGUAUUUGCCCCCGUAGAGUUACAGUAGUUGAGACAGAGUAGUAAGCCGCAGUCACAUGACCCUCACAUGACAGAUCACGUGCGCUACACAUGUUGGGGACGGCCGACAGCGAGGCUCGACGGGAGAGAGAAGAGCG